CGUUUCCAACCGGAUGACUUUAUCUGGAGUACCAGGUCAGAACAAGAAGCGUUACAGCACUGCAACGGCGGAGAGCUACUCUUUCACAGGUCUCUUAGCUGGUUAAGAUGAAUUUAUUAUGUGUAUUGAACAUGUGUAUCCUGACGUGAGGCGCUGUGUGGAGGAAUGUAUUGUGCAGGGUAACUUUUCGUGUUUCGCUCACAAACAGGGGCGGUCUUGUUUGCUAACCGUAGCUCACGUUAGUUUGUUAUGCUCUUCCCACCGCUCUGAAGGACGUGUUGUACAUCAGCUGAUUGAAGCUGUCGGUAUAUUUAAUCCAUGCCUAACCAAAGAGUAAAUUUCAUGAAGUCUAGGUAAUAAAAUAGCGAUUUUUGCAUAAGCCAUGAAGAAGGUUUUGAGGAAGAUACACAGCGUCUUUCUAAAGAUCGCCCUGUUUCCAAGCACGUUUGGCGGGAGGACAGGCCCACGGCCACCUGCCUCAGAGGUCCUUACCUGUCACCUGCUGCAGCGCAAACUCCCGCCGUGGACUUCAUACUGUGUCCGCUACAGCUCGGUCCACAAUGACCAGUUUGGACUGUCCAAUUUUAACUGGAAAGUCCAGGGAUCCAACUACCAAAUACUGAGAACAGGCUGCUUCCCUUUUAUAAAAUAUCACUGUACCAAAGCACCUCCACAGAACCUGGACUUUGAGGACAAGUUUUUCUCCAUGUUGAAAGUGAUUAAUCUGGGCAUCCCAUGUCUGGCCUAUGGCGUUGGUUGCUGGAUGGUGGUGGGAGCUGCAGAAACGGUGCAGACGAGUGUCGGACCAGUCACUGUCUAUUUUGCCUACAAAGAAGAAGAAGGUGCACAGUAUUAAACCAUGACGCAGCACUGUUUUGAAUGCAUCUUGAAGCGCGUGUUAUUUGCUGUAUUUACAACAUUUCCUCAGGUCAUGUUCUAUUGACAGAAGUGCCAAGUCCUAUUGUGUGACCGCACAGGUUCUUCUGUGUUUAAUUAUUAAAGAUUUAAAGUUGCAA